UUUACAGGCUUCGCGUAGCCCCCCUCUGUGGUGGCAGUGGAAUUCCCCAGACAUCACUCAGCAGAUAACACCUUCACCAUCCUCCUUCAGGGAAGCAAGAGCUUGGGCUACCAACUCUGAGCUGUAGACUUCUAAGCUCAGCACCCUGAUUCAGUGCUGCCUUUGGGAGGAUGAAUCAGGACAGUGACUCAAGUGAUCAGCCCACUGGCCAGGACCCACUCCUAUUGCUGAAAACCCUUCAGCUUCUCUGGACAAAGAAAGAGAUGAAGAAGCAGCUCAAGGAAGAAAUCAGGCGGGGCUUUGCAGGACUGGAGGACCCAUUGGCAGGACUCCUGGACAUGCUGGAGAGCAGCAGUGAUUGGAAGGGGAAAGGGCAUUCCCUCGGGUAUUACAUCACCACUGAGUUGCAGCUUUGGAUAAAAGAGCAUCCUGCUGUUCAACAGUCUGGCAUCAAGCUGAAGAAGCUGCAGGCCCGUGUACUCAGAAUACUAGCCCAGUGCCCAGCUAAUCUUCUUGACCCUCUGAUUAGCAUUUACCAGCUCCAUACAGCAGACCGGAACUAUUUGCUUGGACAUGUCAGUCAUCUUUAUCACAAGGGCGAUUACAAAGAGGCAGCCAUACUGAGUAUUAAGCUAAAAUUACAGCCAGAUCAAGAUGUGGAGAAGAUGUGUACGCCACUACUGCUCCAAGAUAAAACUAACUUGGUGGAAGAUUAUGUGGGAGAAUAUCCUGAGCUCCAGAGCAAGCUCUUGCAGAUUCUGGACACGUGGUGUGAACCUGGUUUUAAUAUCAGAGACAUCACAAGACAAUAUCAAGGCCUGUCCAGGUACAAACCAGAUAAAUUUAACCGCAAAAUGCUAAGCAAGCUGGUCUUCAGGCUCCUAGACCGAUUUAACGUGGAUCCAGCUCUCUGCCCUAAUGUCAUAAAUCAGCGGCACUUGAGAACUCUGAAUUACCUCUUUUACAAGAGGUUUGUUGAGAAAACCAUGACUCAGGAGAAUUGGACAGAUCACGUUCAGAGCACAGUUGGAGAGAAUCAAUGGCUUCAAGGGCACCUGAUACAGUUGCUAAUCAGUUACUGUGAUUUGAAGACAGCAGCAAGAUGGGCCCAACGCUGCAAUUUGCCCAAGGAGAUGCUGCCUUAUGGAGUGGCUGAUGAGCUUCAAAAGAUUCAGAUCCAAGAGAGGGUAGAAGAGGCCACAAAAGCAGAUAAUUAUGAAGAGAGUACGAAGAAGGACUAUUACCAGCUUCCUAUUCCACGGGCAAAUAUUCACUUCCUGCAGACGUGGGAGGAGACACUGCAGUGCUGGGAAAAGGUGCUGCGGCCUGGGCAGGUUGUUGGCAUUGACAUGGAGUGGAGGCCUUCAUUUGGCAUGGUCGGGAAGCCCCGUGUCUCCCUCCUUCAAAUCGCUCUGAAUGAUGAGGUGUUCCUGCUUGACUUGCCACGACUCCUCGAGCAUGCUGAGACGGAGGGUGGGAAGGAGAAGCUUCCCCAUUUCAUCCAGAUGCUCUAUUCAGAUGCAGCCAUCACUAAACUAGGUUAUGGGAUGUCUGGAGACCUUAGCAGCCUUGCAGCCACUUGGCCUGCUUUAAAAGACACAGAUAAGCAAGCGCAAGGUGUGGUGGACCUACUCACAGUAGACAAACAACUGCAGAAGAGCUCCAUUGACUGGAAGAAGGGUAGCCGGAAGGUCGAUGUACUGUCCCUGGAGCAGAGCAAUGAGGAUAGAGGGUUCAGGCAGCCAGAGAAAGGACUCAGCCUCUUGGUGCAACAUGUGCUGGGGAAACCGCUAGAUAAAACAGAGCAGCUGUCUAACUGGGAGAAACGGCCUCUCCGAGAGGAACAGAUCCUCUAUGCAGCUUCGGAUGCAUACUGUUUGCUGGAGAUCUAUGAGAAACUCUGUAAGGAUCCGGCGAGCUUUGGUCUGAGUUCAGACCUGACUGCGAGUCUGGUGGGAAAAUCAAGCAUAAAACCCAGGGCAAAGAAGCAGCUGAAUAAACAAGAAGUACUGUCACCUUCUGGACAGCAAUGCAAAGGUUCCAAAAAGGAGACCUCGUGUUGCCCUGCUCCCAUCUCCCCAAAGGAGUUCAGUGUGGUCUGUGAUAACAUGCUGCAAGGCCUUGGGCGCUAUCUUCGCUGCCUUGGUGUAGAUGUCCAGAUGCUGGAGAAUGAGGAUGACCAUAGGAAAGCAGCUGAGAUUGCCCGACAGGAAGGAAGAGUCAUUUUAACCUCUGGACUCCCAUAUCAGACUCUGCAGUCCCAGGUGGCAGAAGGAAGGUGUUUCUCUGUGAACUGCUCAGAAAAGGCAAAAGAACAGGCCCUGCAGGUUCUGAAGCACUUCAACGUUCAAGUAUCCCUGGCAGAUAUCUUCAGCCGCUGCCAGUGCUCAAAAUGAUGAUGCCAAAUUAGCCAUUAGAGGUCAAACCUCAGCUGACAGCAAAUGUUUUCUUUUGAGGAAGUCAUCCUUAUUCCUGGGAACCAGUUUUGUUCUCCUCUGCUAAAUGCAAGAAAGGUAUGAAUGUGUGUUUUUUCCUGGAGGGCAACACUAGCUAGAAAAAUGCUGGUUUUAGCCAGUGGAAACAGCACAAGCAAACAACGAUCGGCAGUGAAAACAGCACUUGUAUUUAGACUAGCAUAGAAAAGAAGACACAAUGUAGUGCAGUGUAAAUGUCCUUUUAUACAGUUCUGUACAAGGCUUUUUCUUCCUCCCAUGGGUUUGGACAGAUCGUGAAAUGCAUUGGUCAGCAGUGAUGCUGGUGCACUGGGAGAAAGUAAUGAAAGGUCAGUGGGUGACAGUGAUGGAGUGACUGUAAGGAAAGCGAAGAACUCUCUGGAGAAGGCAGUGACACAGCUAUAACUCCCAUAUGUCCCAAAGAAACUGUCCCCAUGUUUUCUCUCAAAUGUCAUGAGAAAACAAGAGAUUUGUAGCCAAUUUAAGUUCUGUUGGUUUCCAGUCCCCUGUGCCUCCUGAGGUCAGAGUUCAGUGUAUUGACUGUGUCAAGAAGUCAAAAUUCCCAUGUUUUAUACACUGUGGAGUUUCUCUUCCUUUUUGACAUUUGUGCCCUUAUAAUGCUCUUUGUUUGUAUGUCAUGGUAAGGAUGGGAUGCCCAACUCCUGGUGUUUGAAUGGCUGUAUAUUUAUUCUGGUGGGUUCUCAGGAUGGUAAUCCUACACAUAAACCAGCAAUACAAUCAGUGGAUCUCAUUAUUUGAGAGACCUUGUACACUAAAAGUUAAAUAAAGUCAAAGUUCUUGUUUUUACAAUGGAGUGACCAGCUUCAUUAGUAGAUCAUGUGAAGUGAAUUGAUUUGAAUCCAUCCAGAAGGCCUCCAGGCCUUUAUUUUCCCUUCAUAGAUCAAGAUGAUUGAAUAGCAUCGGAAAGGAGCCUUUCUUCUAAACAGUUUGAUGUGGGCCAUCUUGUAGCACAGGUAGUAUUAUGACAAUGUUUUUCCAAAUCCUGUAGAGAAUCCUGCACAAAACCCUUGCCCUGUUGUUGCAAAUGCAAUUAAAUCCUGCUACAUGCUUCAUGAGAAUGAACAGUUUUGCAGUCCUCCAAGAUUUGCAGUGUUUGCCUGGGCAGCUGUUAAUACUGGCAGCAGACCUUUGUUCCUUCAGAAGAAUGUGUGAUCUCUAGGCAUUUUUGAAUCUUUUGUUUGAGUCAGCAUUAUACACUGAGCUACACAUACUUGGCUUCAUUGUAGAAUUUGCCAGAUCUGUAAUUGCUUGACAGCAUUUAUCUGAAGACCUUUAGGCAUUAAACUGUGUAACUUCCUUUUGGCAUAAAAUGAACUAUAUCUGUUAUUCAUAGUAUUAAUUGUAUGAGAUGACACCCUAUGCCAAAACUGUAUGUCUGUGGACCCCUGUGGGAUACAGUACAUGAUUUCCUUCUUCAUCUACUGCUGUGAAGGCAUUUUCAGCUGAUGUUGAAGAUGGUAAGUAACAUACAUAGGGUUUGGGCUUUUCAAGAUCUUGUCCCCAUAAUGUUCACGUGGUCUAAAUGACUCACUUGAUGUAAGAAGAGACCAUUUUGUGUUUGUGUAAACCCUUUCAUCAAAGGAUCAUGCAGUGUUUCAGAAACAGAGACAGGUAAAGCAGUAUCCUGGUGAAAAGAGAAACAGAAAGCUUUUAAAUUAAUUUCUCAAUUUAUACAUUGUGUCAGUCUUGAAGAAGAUUAUAUUUUGCAGUUAUCUUGAUGAAAUACAGCUAUAUUGUGUGCUGUAAGCCCAAGGUGGGAUUUUGCUGAGCUAGGCAUGGAUGCUAUCAUCGAGUCAGUCAUUUAUAAGAGGCUUAGGAUAAAUUUUUCUCUCUUUUCCCCCAAGAAGGCAAUAGAAAUCCCUUGGUAGCAGGAAGAUUUUUAUAGUGAGUUUAUCUGAGAGUGUGCUAAUCUGGAACAAAGUCUCCUGAUAGCACAAAAUCUUUUCUUCCAGAGGGCAGCCCAGUACCUUCCAGUUUCCUGACACCAGAUUGCUUAGAGGGAGAAAUGACAGCGUAGGAGUUUUGGCAAAGGGAAAACGUAACAUUCAGGGCAUGCUUCUUGUGAGUCAUUAUGUUUUCUCUGGACAAGUGGAUUUAGAUUAUUUACCUGUCUUAACUCAAGAUACACAGUCUGAGUUGAUCAUCCUUUUAUUCAGGGAAGUGCUGGGGGAAGAUGCAGGUGAAAGCCUGUUUUUCUCUCAUCCCCAGUAACUUCUCCAUUCCCACCCCCACCUCGGCUUUUCUCUUUGUGGUUUCUGGGGGAGCUACUCCUACUGAGGCAAUUUAGUGAAGUAGGAGAAUAUCAUAUGUUUAAGGUGAGCACAGCCAGGUUUAUUCUCCUAACUGCCCCUUAAAAUGACUGUGGUUACAAUCAGGUGUCUUGCAGCCAGGAAGGUGGCCCAGCAACCCCUUGUCCCCUGCCCACUUGUCCGUCCCUCACGUUUGCAGCUCAUGCUUGGGGAAGGGGCUUGUGGGGAGCCAGAUGUUGAGACUGAUCCGGCUGAAACGGGAGUUCCCAUUUGCAGCUGGAUCAGUGCUUUGUAGUCACAAGGGACCACAGGAGCAAGUUACGUCCCGGGUGUACUGAUGGCCUGGACUGCUCCACCUCUGGCAGCCUGAUCCUGGGGCAGUGCCCCUGCCUGGAGCCUCGGGCAUGGCAGCGAGUAUGGGUGUCCUGCAGAGGUGUGGGCAGACACGUCUCUGCAGCUGUUAGGGUUUUAAUUUGACGGUCUAAUUUCAUGGACUUUAAAGAAGGGGAGAUCACUGAGCCGGGUCCUGCAGGAGGGAAUGAGCUGGUGGUUGGAGAGAAGGAAGUUGGUGGCAGAGGAGUCAGAGGAGGAGCACAGUUCCCUACAAACGAGGCCAUGUGAAUGGCUGUUUGGUGACAGGAUGGAGUGAUCGAUGUGCAAGGAUAAUAGCUCACUGGGGAGUCAGCCUGAAAGCUGAAGCCUCUCAAUAUGUGUGGGACAUUGUGGAAAAGAAAGUUAAAAAGACAUCAAGUAAAGCCAGACAGCUUCUUGCACACCGGCCUGCCUCACAGCUCUGGCUAGCGUGCUUCACUUGGAUCAUUUUUGCACACUCCAGUUUCUGACUAUGUAAAUGAGUUGGGCACUAAAAAGUUAUUCAUGCUUCCUUCUGUGCAGACACUGGCCUGUGCCAAAGGAUUGAGCCUUCGCUCCCAGGAGGAAACCCAUCCCGCAGCAGGGACCAGCCCUUAGGGGCUCUGACGAGCCUUCACUCUGGCUGCCUUCUGCAGUUGGGCCGUUCCUCCCCGAGCGGGGCCUUCCCUGGAUCAGCAGCAUUUAGUGGCAUUUACUGGAGGGCUCAGAUUACCCCAGUGAAAAUAAUCGGUUAUGCAAAGUUACGCUGUUUAGAUUGGGUUUCUUCUGUGUGGCCAGUGAGGUGUGAAAGUCAAUCUGCUCCAUAAACCCUGAGGGCACUUUCUCUGUGCUGAUUUGAUAUGAUAGCUUCGGGGUUUGGCUGUUGGGAGAAAGCUGGCCCUGGGUUCGGUUCAAAGGGACACAAACUAGCAGGUGGUUAUGGUGGGACUGGGCUUGGGAGCAACACAGUACACCUAAAUCCAGCUGGGGCUGAGCCAGCCAUGGCCUGGCAAAGCAAAUGGGUUGCCCAAGAGGAGGGUUCAAUGUUUGGGUCUUGCUGUGGUUGCAGAGCCCUUCAGCCAUCUCAGCCGAGCUUCCAACUGAAUAUUCUUGUUUAUGGUUUUAUCAGUGCACUUCUUUUCACAGGCUCAUCAUCAUGGUCCAUGCGGUAAACAACAGUGUAAUUAGUAAAUUCUCAUGGUUAGGAGAAGGACUUGCUGUAGCAGGAGUGUUUCAUGGUAUCCAUCUUACGCUUUUUUCAUGAUCAUCUUCCUUUUUUCCCUGAUGGAA